CUAACCUAACCCUAAAAUCUUGCACUACCAAGAUGAAGAUGAAAACAACAACAAUUAUGUAGUGUUUAGUGAAGUCAAAGUAAAAUAGCGAAGAUAUUACGAAUCAAAUAGUUCAUUUAUUAUAAUUCACUUUUAUUCAAAUCAUCGAUAUGUAUAAAAGUUUGAGAAAAAUUUUUUCAGAAAAUGUGUACCUCUUCCUGGGUAUCUUUAUUGGCAUGUAUUUCUCUUCCAUGCUUUCUACAUCCUUGGAUACCACUUGUAACAGGCAUCCCAAAGCACAGGAGGUUCCUGAGGUGAAGCAUCAUAUGGCACAAGUAAUAAUCAACUCAUCUGUGGACAAAUUUGCUCCCAAAGUUCUCUUGAAGAAACCCAGUCCCAGCAAAAAAGGGAAAUUGAUUAGGCCCAGAUAUUAUUCAACAGAGCUGGGUAUCAGAGAAAAGCUAUUUGUUGGUAUAUUCACUUCAGAAGAAAAGAUAAAUAAUCAAGCUUUACACAUAAAUAAAACCAUUGGUCAUCUGGUGGACAAAAUCAAAUUUUUUAUGACUGCCCAAUAUAAGAUGAAAACUGCAUUGAACUUAACAGGGCUGGUUGGAUUUACAGAUUCAAGAUCUAAGUAUAGACCUUUCCAAGUUCUAAAAUAUGUUUGUGAUACAUUUGGACAGGAAUAUGAUUAUUAUUUUUUUGCUAAUGAUUAUACAUUCAUUAAUGCUCAUAAGCUGAAGGAUGUAGUGAAGAAGAUAAGUGUUAGUAUGGAUAUAUAUUUGGGCACCAGAGUUGAGGAUGGAAGCUACUGUAGCUUAGAUUCUGGAAUAAUAAUAAGUAAUUCAGUUUUGAAGGCACUGAGAAAACAUUUGGACUGGUGUAUUAUGAAUGCUAUUUCUGAGGAUCAGAGUGAGAACAUUGGUAGAUGUAUUCAUCACUCUUUGGGGCUAUCUUGCCAGGAAACUGUGCAAUUAGAAAGUUUGCCUUCCUUCAAAUUGAAACACUUUGAACUUGGCUCACAUCUGAAAAAACUUGUGCAGAAUCAAUAUUUCAAUAGUGCUGUUACAGUCUAUCCAGUAUUACAGAAAGAUGAUUUCUAUAUAUUGAAUGCACAUUUUCUAAAGCAAAGAUUGAUGACCUUAAAGGAUGAAGUUAAUGAUCUGUCAUCUCCUUUGACAGAAAAUUGGCCUCCAGGUCAAAGGGCUGGUUCAAAACCAGCUACUAGAUUUGACUUACCUAAACAGCUUUAUUUCAACAUGUCACAUGUAUUUUUUUCUGAUGAUUUCACAAAUAUUAGAGAGCACACUGAAGCUGAAAUGAUGGAUAUUGAGAAUAUUUUAGAAGAAAUCAAAUCUGAAGUGGCAAACAAAUAUAAAAAGGAUUUACAAUUUAGAAAACUCAUGAGUGGUAUAAAAACUUUUGAUUUGAGCAGAGGAAUGGAUUACACUUUGGAUAUUUCCUUCAGAGAUCUCAAUACAGGCAAAGAAGUGAUCAAGAGGUUUGAGGUUUGCAAACCACUCGGAAAAAUCGAGUUCAUCCCAGUACCAUAUAUGACUGAAAAUACAAGAGUGAAUAUAAUUCUUCCUAUACAAGAAACGGAAAUAUCAUUGGGUGUGGACUUUUUGACAACUUAUGCCAAAACCAUAAUGGACCGAAAGGAAAAGACAUUCUUGAUGCUUGUAUUUCUGUACCAGUUCAACAGUGAAAGCAAAGGCACUGCAGAUCCAUUUCAUGAAAUCAAAAAUUUCGCAACAAAAGCAACAAGUAAAUAUAGGAAUGAUGAUGCCAAAAUCGCAUGGUUAUCAGUAAGGCUUCCGUCUUAUCCCAGACCACUGUUUGUUCAGGAAAAUCAGGCACUGAACUUUGCUAUUGUUGACUUGACACUCAAGAAAAUUGGACUGGAUAGUCUUUCUCUGCUUCUAGAUGUUUAUUGUAAUAUAACAGUGGACUUCCUAAACAGGGUUAGAAUGAAUACUAUACCACAUUUUCAAGUGUUCAGCCCCAUACCAUUCCGCCAGUAUAAUCCAAAAAUAUCACAACAUAGUAGCUUGGAAAUCAACAAAUAUUCUGGGCACUUUGACAGAGAAGAAUACAAAUAUAUAUCAUUUUAUGGAAGGGAUUAUGUUUUUGCAAGGAAAAAAUAUGAGCGUUUUAUGCCAUUAGUGCGAACUGAUAAUGAUAUCAGUAAUGUUAUUGAUGAAGAUCAUAGGAAUACAGGAAACAUUUUUGAAAUGUUCCUUAAGUUCAGUGAAAACCUUCAUUGUAUGAGAGCUACUGAAAUGAAUUUGAGAAUAAAGUACCACGAGGAAAAAUGUCCAAGUAGACGAAAUUUAUUUUUAGGAACUGAAAAUCAGUUGGCCAAACUUCUUUUGACAGAGAAUAAUAUAUUAUUGUAAUGAUAUAUUUUUUAUAUGUAUGAUUUGAUGUAAGUGCGUGUAAUAACUCAUUGUGAUAUUUUUAAUAUAUUUU